UCCUCUCUGUGCAUGCACAUAGCCUACAGGGCAUAUGACUAACUCCACUUUUUAGUUUGUACUCGAGAGGAGAUAACACUUUCUGGGAAUUAGCCUGGCUGGACAGCAUUCCUGUUUUGAAAUAACCAUGUGGGACUGACAGCAAGGUCUUCCUGAUCCCUGGUCAUUGUGGAUACUACACAUUACCUGUGAGUCCCGGAUGGCCAUGGCAGUCCCGGGCCGGGCCUCAGUGUUUACAUUUGAAUCCUCGGUGCACCCCAAUCAUGUUCUGCGCUCCCUGGAGGAGCAGAGGCAGCGGGACAUCCUGUGUGAUGUUACCGUGGUAACUGCUGAAGGGCAGAGUUUCAGGGCCCAUCGUGCCGUCCUGGCCUCCUGCAGUGAAUACUUCUCCCAGAGGAUCUCCUCUCUGGCUGGACAAAAUCCUGUCAUCACACUGCCCUCAGAGGUGACUGCCGCUGGUUUUGAGCCAUUGUUAAAAUUUUCCUACACAUCCAAACUCCUUUUCGGCAAAGAAGACGUUUUAGACAUCCAAACCUCUGCGUCUGCCCUUGGUUUCAAGGACUUAGAUGGUGCCUGUUUUGAUUUCCUCCUCCCCAAAUUCUUCUCCAGCACCAAGGCCUGUGUGGUGAGAAAGACAUGUUGUAAGAAGGCUUUUAAGAAAGGUUUAUCAAGAGACACUGGUGACUCAGGUGAGCAUUUGUAUUUGGACGAGAAAGAAGAAAAACCUGUUGCUGACUCACCAUCCCAAGAGGAAGUGAUAUUUAAGAGUAACAAGUCAGACACUGUCAAAACUCUGAACACAGUGUGCUUUUCUACACCUGUAUCUGCUGUUACCAAGAUACCAACAGAUGACAAUGUCAUUCAAUGCCCCAAAUAUCGGAAGUUCCAGAUCGCCUGUGGAAAAGAGUCCAAAAAAAGCCAGCAAAAAACAGUGAUCAAAUACUGCUGCGAUUCACCAUGUUCUAGCAAUAGUGAAAGUGGAAGUUGUCCUUUAAGAGUGUCCAGGCAAGUUGAAGAUUUAUUUGAUGUCAGAUUAGGGGAUUUCCAUCAUGUAAAUAAAGCAGACAAAACAUAUGAAAAGAAACAAGAAAUUGGGUUAAUGCCACCUGAGUGUGCUGAGGAGGCCCAAGAAGACGUCAGGACAAUGGGCCAAAACAGGGCUGCAGUGAAUAACAACUUUGCAGAGCGAGGAUGCGGGAAAGCUGAGGAAGAAAUCACUGAUAAACAAGAUAGAGAUGGGAAACAAAAAAUGGUUGACAAUUCUAAUGGAAAGUUGAGUUUAGAAGAAGCAAAAACACCAAAUGCUUCUCUCGACUGGUUAAAUGUUCAACUCAACCUGAGUUCAUCAUUUCCUUCCAAUGUGGACAAAAGCACAAGUGAAUGGACAUGCCCCAAGUCUUCUGAGUGUGAGGGGACGUCUCAGUCUGGGCGUUCCUCCCUCAACUCUGGAGAAGAUUCAGACACAGAAGAUGUGGACAGAUUCUAUGACGUCUAUGCACAAGAUAGAGCAAAACAGGUGCAGUUGCCUUAUCCCUUGGACCAAAUGCUUGAGAUGAACAAAAACGAUUUCCAGGAGCUUCUGGACAAACAAAAUUUAACACAAGAGCAGCUGGAGCUGGUGCGCGACAUGAGACGGAGAAGCAAAAACAGACAAGCUGCGCAGCGCUGUCGCAAACGCAAACUCGACUGUAUUUAUAACCUACAGUGCGAGAUCAACAAACUGAAAACUGAAAGGGAGAAGUUGAUUCAAGAGAAAAGUCGCCUGUGCCAGUUGCGCGUAAAGACGUGCCACAGCGUGUUCACUUUGUGUCAGAGAGUGUGUGCUGGCGCUGAUCUGCCUCCAGACCAGCUACAACUGUUGGACAAGAACACUUUUGCUGAAUGUCCCCUGGCCUCCUAUGCCCCCAUCAUAGACUCACUUCUGUCAUCAUCUCAGCCCCAGCAGUCCACACAGCUGCCCCCUAGUGGGGCAGCAGAGGACGUGCGCUUCUUCAGCACAGAGAGUCACUUCUCAGGGACCAAAACAUAGUGACAGCCUACAUAAUAACCCUGUGUAAUAGUCAUACUGUUAACCUAAAUAACAUGGCACACAGACAAGUGCAGCCACUAAACAACUCGUCACUCGGACCAAUUAUAAUCAAACCUAACAUUCCCUUUCUUUUAAUUUACAUUUUAGCGAUGCAGCACAACACUUUAACAAUUUACCUCAGAAUCAUUCACAAAUAUAAGAACAAAUCAUUUAGCUCAUAUUUUAAGAAAUAGGAAUAUAUUAAACAUGCUUCACAACGGGUGUGAACCUAUAAAAGUCUCUUCCACAGUCUUG